GGUGAUAUUGUAGUGAUCUUCUGCAAAUCCUUGCACAGUUUUGCUGAAAUACUUUUCUCUACAAAGUACUAUCUUUGAAGAAGAUGAAUAUUCUUGAAACAGAUUAAUUGAAUACAUACCACUAGAGGAUCAUGACAUAUUUUAUGUGUCAAUUAUUCGUGGCGUAAUGUAGUGCAAUAGGCACGCUGCCUAUUGACAUAUUUAAUGUGUGAAUAACUUGAUAAUGCAAUUAUUAUUGGGAGGAUGGACAAAAAAUAACAAGAACCGCACACCAGAAGACGUCACUGCAUACUUCAUUGGUUAGGGAAGGAAAAUGGCUUACGUUUGGCACUAAUUCUUUUCCACAAUAGAAAGCUCGAAGAUUGACCCAGAACAGGCGACGCUAUGGCAUCUAUAAAGAGUUGAGGUCGUUGAGGAACGAUGAGUUCAGAGGGUGCGAAGGAAGAUUGUCUUGGUUGGGCUGCCAGAGAUCCUUCUGGACUUCUCUCCCCCUACAAAUUCAGCCGCAGGACUGUGGGAAGCGAUGACGUCUCGAUUAGGAUCACGCACUGUGGAGUGUGCUAUGCAGAUGUUGCUUGGACUAGGAAUGAGCAGGGACACUCCAAGUAUCCUCUGGUGCCAGGGCACGAGAUAGUUGGAAUUGUGAAAGAGGUUGGCUCCAGUGUCCAACGCUUCAAAGUCGGCGAUCAUGUAGGCGUGGGAACUUAUGUCAAUUCAUGCAGAGAGUGUGAGUAUUGCAAUGACCGGCUAGAAAACAAUUGCGAAAAGGGGGUCUUUACUUUCGAUGGAAUCGAUGCGGAUGGUACAGUCACGAAGGGAGGAUAUUCUAGUUACAUUGUCGUCCAUGAAAGAUACUGCUUCACGAUUCCAGAAAACUUACCGUUGGCUUCAGCAGCACCAUUGCUCUGUGCUGGAAUCACAGUAUACACUCCAAUGAUGCGUCACAAGAUGAACCAACCUGGUAAGUCUCUUGGCGUAAUUGGACUCGGUGGGCUCGGUCACAUGGCAGUUAAGCUUGGGAAGGCUUUUGGACUGAAAGUCACGGUGUUCAGUACAAGCAUUUCUAAAAAGGAGGAAGCACUGAGCUUGCUUGGUGCUGACCAUUUCGUCAUCUCAUCUGACCCGGAACAGAUGAAGGCCAUGGCUAAGUCCCUGCACUUUAUAAUAGACACGGCAGCCGGCGAUCACCCAUUUGAUCCUUACAUGUCUCUUUUAAAGACUGGUGGCGUUCUGGCGUUGGUUGGGUUCCCAAGUGAAGUUAAAGCUCAUCACUAGGUGAAUACUAGGUACCUGAUAGAUGAACAAGCUAAGUUGCUCACAACGAACUUUUUGGCAGGUAUGAAAACUGUUUCGGGUAGUCUAACGGGCGGAACAAAGGAUAUCCAAGAAAUGAUAGACUUCUGUGCGGCGCAGAAGGUAUACCCAAAUAUCGAAGUGAUACCGAUUGAUUAUGCCAACGAAGCCCUCGAGAGGCUCAUCAAGAGAGACGUGAAGUACCGGUUUGUCAUUGACAUUGAGAACUCCCUGAAAUGAAGCCAUUUGUUGGGAAGGUGGGAUUUCUUCCAGGCAUAAGAAAUCUCGAGGAGAGGAAAAUGGAAGACAGAAGGCAAUAAGCAGAAUCAUAUGUAUAUUUUUGCCCAGUAGGCAAUGAAUUCUACAUCCAUCACAUACCUUAGUUGAGAAUCCAUUGUUGAAAUGAGUGAAUUAGUAAUGUUGUGUUACUUUCCUGUAGUAUGAUAAGAAUCAAGUACUUCGAAUUAUUGGCUUCUUUA